UUGAACGGCCAUGAAGCGAAGGGUGAAAGCAAAGCAGAGCGUUUCGCUCUGGAGCGCACGUCCAAUACUGGCAGAAUGUACACAAACUAUAGUUUAGGGUUUUCGUGGCCCAGCUUUAGGGUUUUCUCUCUCUUCCAAUUUCCAAUCCUGUCGUUGUCGAUGAUGAACAGCGUAGCUAGCAGUGCAGGGGAUUCCAUAGCUUAGCUUCUUCAAUAAUCCCUAGCAAGCAUCCUCAUAUAUAUAUAUAUAUCGAGCAAUGGUGAACACGAGCUUCCCACCGCAGGUCGAACUCGAGCUGAUCAGGAAGGGAUUGUUGAUAUGUCAGCCGGCUCUAACGAACCGCCCCCACAGCGUCUUCUAUGGCGAUAACCCUUUUUUUCACACCAUACCCCGAUUUUAUGCAACGGUUUUCUUCGUCGCGCUCAUCACGCUCUUCCUUCGUAUUCUUCUCAAGCCACUCCGCCAGCCCCGAAUCGUCUGCGAAAUCCUAGGUGGUGUAAUUAUGGGGCCAUCGGUUCUGGGACUCAACGCGACCUUCCGGAAAUAUAUGUUACAUGAUAAAGGUCAAUUUCUUACCAGAAAUCUAGGGCUUAUUGGAUUCGUUUAUUUCUUCUUCCUAUCUGGGGUGAGGACAGAUCUUGGGAUUCUAAGGAGGGUAGGAAGAAAGCAUUGGUACGCAGUGGUUAUCACAAUUGGUAUUCCUUUGCUGUGUAAUAUUUUAGUUGCAAUAGCUUUCAGAAAGUCCAUGGGAAAGGAGCUAGCAAAAGCUUCUUCCAUUCUUGGGGUUACUUCUGAGUUUGCAUUAACAUCAUUUCCAGUUAUCUAUCACAUCAUCAAAGAGUUCAAUCUCCUUAGCUCAGAGAUUGGUAGGAUGUCAUUGUCUAUGGCAGUCAUCAGCCAUGUGAUUGGGAUUCAAUUCUUAACUGUGUUUGAUGCAUCCAAACAAAUGGAGUUCAAGACUUUUGCUGGUGUGGGGUUUAUAGUUUCGUUUAUAGUUGUAACGGCAUCAAUCUUUCUAGGCCUUCGACAGGCCAUGAUUUGGAUAGUGAGGAUGACACCUGAAGGGAAACCGGUGGAUCAGAUUUAUGUGAUUGCCAUAUUGUUAGGUGUCCUGGUGAUUGGAUUUAUAUCUGAUUUUUUGGGAUUAUCCAUGGCCAACGGGCCGUUGUGGUUUGGAUUGGCAGUUCCUGAAGGCCCUCCAUUAGGGGCAACUAUUGUGGAAAAGUCUGAGACAAUUGUUACAGAGGUUCUGAUGCCAUUCUCAUAUGCAUACAUUGGAACCGUCACAUUUGUACCUGGCAUGAUUGGCCAAUGGACCAAUUUGCGCCCCAUUUUCAUAAUGGUUAUAGUUGGUUAUACAACUAAGUUGCUUUCUGUUCUUUUGAGUUCUCGUUUCUUGAACUUGCCACUAAGAGAUACUCUGGCUUUUGGCCUCAUUCUGGGUCUUAGAGGCCAAACGGAAAUUUUGCUGUAUUUGCAUUGGAUGGAUACGAAGGUGAUAACGCCUCCUUUUUACGCGAUGCUGGUGCUGAUGACACUAGUGGUCACAGGCAUAUCCUCGCCUUUGAUCAGUGUACUUUAUGAUCCAACGAGGCCUUAUAGGGUGAACAAUCGAAGGAAUGUUCAGCACACCGCUGCAAAUGCUGAAUUGAGCAUGGUGGCGUGUAUAAAUGAUGAGGAUGAUAUACCUGGGCUGAUCAAGCUCAUUGAAGUCUCCAAUCCAACGGUGAAUAGUCCUUUCUCGGUUCAUGCCAUACACCUAGUUGAUCUAGUCGCCCGAGCUGUGCCUGUUUUCAUAGAUCAUCAGGUUGAUCAGGAGCAGCAGUCUGACCAAGCUGCUAACCAAAACCCAAUACACAAUGCAUUGAAGCUCUUCCAGGAAAGUAGUACAAGCGGGGGGAACAUCAAGAUUAAUUCUUACACAACAAUAUCGCCAAAGAGAAGCAUGUACCAAGAUGUGUGUGAGUUAGCCCUUAUGAUGAAGGCUUCUCUGAUUAUCUUGCCAUUUCACGUAUCCUCUGAAGGAGGGGAGGUGGAGUCUGAAGCAACUCAAGCAAGUGAAUCUGUCGCCGCUAGUGUAUUAUCACAUGCCCCUUGCUCGGUUGCCAUACUUGUGGAUAGGGGCUUUGCUCAUAGCCACACCAUCAACUUCCCCACAAGGCGCUCAAAGCAUCAUUUCGCUUUCCUCUUCUUGGGAGGGGCUGAUUCUCGCGAGGCUCUUGUGUGUGCUGAUAGGAUGGCUGCCAAGCCAGACGUAUCCCUCACUGUCAUCCGCUUCCUCUCUCACGACGGUGAGGGGGACAACGAGAUGGAAAAGAAGCUAGAUGAUGGACUAGUCACAUGGUUCUGGGUGAAGAAUGAAGCCAACCGCCAAGUUGUUUAUAGGGAGGCAGUAGUGAAAAAUGGGGAGGAAACCCUGACUGCGAUUCAGUCAAUGAAAGAUGACCACUUCGAUCUUUGGAUCCUUGGUAGGAAACAGGGCAUAAAUCCAAUGAUUAUAGAAGGACUAACAGACUGGAGCCAAAACCCAGAAUUAGGUGUUAUAGGAGAUUAUGUGGCCAAUUCAGAUUUAGGCAGUACAUCUUCUAUUUUGGUAGUGCAACAGCAGAUUCUAAGAGGCCGCGAAAGCACUUGUAGUGCUUUCAUUGGGAAAUUGCCAUGGUGUCUUUAGUACUAAAGGUCUCUUACCAUGUAUGUAUUAUUAGCCAAAGAAGCAUUGGUAAAUGUUACUAUGUAUGUACAUCAUUGUAAACAUAUAUGUAUGUUUUUUUGAAUGCUAGAUAGCUUACUGUUUGUGCUUCA